AUGAGUUUACCCACGAAAUUGUCGGGUAUUAGGUUCCUGUAUGUGUCGAUGACACACUGGCUCUCACAACUCAUCGACGACACACUGGCUCUCACAACUCAUCGACGACAAAAAUGCUCUCACAACUCAUCGACGACACAAAGGUUCUCACAACUCAUCGACGACACAAAGGUUUCACAACUCAUCGACGACACAAAGGUUCUCACAACUCAUCGACGACACAAAGGCUCUCACAACUCAUCGACGACACAAAGGUUCUCACAACUCAUCGACGACACAAAGGCUCUCACACAACUCAUCGACCACACAAAAGCUCUUACAUCGACGAUACAAAGGCUCUCACAACUCAUAGACGACACAAAGGCUCUCACAACUCAUCGACGCCACAAAUGUUCUCACAGCUCAUCGACGACACAAAGGCUCUCACAACUCAUCGACGACACAAAGGUUCUCACAACUCAUCGACGACACAAAGGCUCUCACAACUCAUCGACGACACAAAGGCUCUCACAACUCAUCGACGACACAAAGGCUCUCACAACUCAUCGACGACACAAAGGCUCUCACAACUCAUCGACGACACAAAGGUUCUCACAACUCAUCGACGACACAAAGGUUCUCACAACUCAUCGACGACACAAAGGCUCUCACAACUCAUCGACGACACAAAGGCUCUCACAACUCAUCGACGACACAAAGGUUCUCACAACUCAUCGACGACACAAAGGUUCUCACAACUCAUCGACGACACAAAGGUUCUCACAACUCAUCGACGACACAAAGGUUCUCACAACUCAUCGACGACACAAAGGCUCUCACAACUCAUCGACGACACAAAUGUUCUCACAACUCAUCGACGACACAAAUGUUCUCACAACUCAUCGAUGA